AUGCAGUUACCAAACAGACCAGCUGGAGCUUAUGGAUACUCUGUGCGUAAUUACGCAUCAGCGUCACCCUAUCCACAAUACCAGGGAAGCCCGUGCUCAUCCUUAACGAAGCCUCCCAGUGGAAAAUCUUUCACCAUUGAUGCUUUGCUCGCCAAGCCGGAGGACACAACCAGCGGCCGGACGAGUCCCACUCAGUGCGGAAUGAAAUAUCAACCAGCAGCACAAGUCCUUCCUCUCACCGGGCACAUGAGCUUACCGUUAGCACCAGCACCUUACGUCUACUCACCAAACAUGUUGCACUCAGCUGUCCACACGCAACCUGGAUACUCUGUCUACUGUUGCCCGCCUUUCAGCUACCAGUCAUCUUGCCGUGGAGCAUUUUACGCACAAGCUUCAAUGUCCAAAGUCAAUGCAGGCCUGCAUUCGUUCAAAACCAAAGGUGGCAAGUCUAAACGGAUGCGCACCAGCUUCACCAGCGAGCAGCUGUCCCGGCUGGAGAAGGAGUUUGCACGGCAGCAGUACAUGGUGGGAUCAGAGAGGUUCCUCCUUGCAUCUGCUCUACAGCUGACAGAAGCUCAGGUCAAAGUCUGGUUCCAGAACCGACGCAUCAAGUGGCGCAAACAGAGUCUGGAGCAGCAGCAGGCCAAGCUGGCCAAACUGGGCCUGGCUGCUCCACCUAAAAGCCCCGGAUCUCAAGGCAACAGAGAUGAAUGCGAUGAGGAUGAAGAGUUCUCCGACUCAUCAGAUGUGGAUAUCGACGUGUCUGAUGACUCCACUGACCAUUGUUGA